CAGGGGCAGUUGGAUACAAGCAGUACUGAUAACAAUGAACAAUAAUAUAUUACCCCAAAAAAAAAAAAAGAAAAAAAGGAAAAAAAAGAAACAAUGACAGAGAGGUAUCUUUCUUCGAAGGACAGAGUAUUUAAAGCACAGAAUAUGGCACUUAAUUUCAUUAGAAGGUGAAGGUAAAUGUAAACUAUCUGGCACCUUGUUCCUUAUCCUGCCUCAAAUGAAUAACUCACAAAGAAUAGAUAAUCUGAUUAAAAGAAGAGGUAUUCCGGUUUCCCAUCCAUGUUCUUAACAGUGAACUUAUGAGCACAACUAUGUCACCAAGUCUCACUAACUAUUUACAGAUACACCAAAAAGCAGGAAGAUAUUACACCCCAAUAUCAAUUCAAAAUGUGCAACUCUGAUUCUUAAACCCAUAUUUGCAAGAGGUAACAAAUAAUAUAUUACUGUUCUCAAAUCCUAACAACAACUACAAGCAAAAAAGCAUACCUUAACCCCUUCAUGGCUAUUUCUGUUCCCCAUGACAACCAUUCUUAGUUACUCUCUUGCAAUGCUCCUCCAUGUUUAAAAGCUAAACUAUUAGAAUUCCACUCCUCAAGUAAUAGUUAGGAUUCAUCUUUAUACAGUGAUAAAGUCUACUACUCUUCUAAUGAUCCACAUAGACCCAAGGCCACAGCUUUCCUCUAGUCUAAUCACAACAUAAAUACUUCUCUAUAAACUAAUCUCAGUAAAAGUAUCUCAAGUCUUUAUAAUGUGUUACGGAUACAGCAUAAAUCCCAGCAUCCUCAUCAAACUACCGCUCAUUCUGGUGAUUAGUGAUAAGUGAGAUUUUUACCACUUAUUUAGCCCAUAAUGCUUUAUUAAUGGCUUAAAAACUCAAGCUUUAUUUUAUUUCUAAUGCUUUUUGUUGAGAAUCUUGAAGGAAAGCUCUAGAUUGGAGAUAAUGGCAUAUUAUUUAGAACAUGACAAGUUUGGAGCAAUUUUGGCAAAAGAUGGAAAGGCUCCAUGCCAAAAUAGCGUGUACCCUGCUCCACCCUAUGGUCCAUGCCAAAAUGGAGUGAACCCAUGCUCCACUCCUUCCUCCAUGCCAAGCUCCCCGCUAGAAGGCCUCCUUCCAAGCCAAAACCAGCCCUUUCCACGCCAAACUAGCCUCCACGCCAUGGUCACACUAAGGUUCAAGCCAACCAGCAACCUUUCUUCACAGAGAGACUGGCGUGGAGCCAUGCCAAAAUGGUGUGUACCCUUAAGCUAUGCGCCAUAUUUUUUUUUUUACAUUUUUAGCAUUUUUUUGGAGGAUAAAAAUUGGAUGAUGAGAUGUCAAAAGGGGAAGGAUUUUUGAUAAAAAAAACAAGGGUGGAUCUUCAAUCUUGGCUAGGGUUUAAUAAAAGGAGGAGCCACCAUUUUGGGAGGAGGUGAAAAAGGGAAGCACAUUUACCAAGGAAGAUUUUAGAGAGAGAAGAAGAAGAGCUAGAGAGAGAAAGCUUACAGUGAAGAGGAUUGAAGCCUUUCAAGACAUUGAAGCAUCAAGAUUCUUCAACCAAAUUAGCUGUAAAGAAACUCACCUUUGUCUUCUUCCUCCUCAUUAUCACCGGCUCCAUGGAUUUUGCAGUUUCACAGCCCUCUGCCAAUGGCUGCAGCCUUGAUUUGAACUACUCAUCAUCCAUAGUAGGUUCACAAUGUGAAGGGGGAAACUGGGGUGGGUUUUUACAAGGAAGCUGCUGUGGAGUAGCAUUUGGAGAGUACCUCUAUGCGUUAGGGCAGCGAGCAAAUCAAACAGGACUUGUAUACUUGAAUUACACCCAGCAGAGAGAUUGUUUAGAUUCAAUGAGCCCUUUGUUUGGUUGUGGGAUUGAGAAGCUAACGAGUGGUGCUGGUGGCUGUUCUGACUUCUCUGUUGCUGAUGUAAACCAUUUCUUGGGAGAUAAGUUGAAAAGUUUUAGUAAGAGCUGUGAACUUGUUAGUUCUGAGGGAAAACAGGAGCAAUUUUGCGGUUCCUGUGUGAAGAGUUGGGAAGGCAUAAGAGCCAUACAUUCCACAUCUUCCAAUGCAGAAUCUAUUGAGAAAGAUCUAUGUAGGUUUGCAGUGUUGGUGACAUUCACAAGUAGCAAGAUUGAGUAUAAAGCAUAUAUCCGUUCCCUCUAUAAAUGCCUCGGGGAAAAUAUUGACUCUUCAAGGAAUCAUACAGCAGCAGUAAGGAAGUUUAACACUAUUAGCAAAGAUACAUGGAUUCUAAUUGGAGGCCUGGUAGGGGUUCUAUCAAUGGUGUUGAUCGCUGCAUGCAUCUUAUCGAAAAGAUAUAUUAAAUCAACUCCCCUACCGACAGCUGCCUCGCCAGAAAAUAAAGUGUUUAAGGAUGUUUUUAUAAAGGACAAUGCUUGCCCUGUAGUUCCCAUCAAGGAAGUGUAUCAUGCAACAAACAAUCUCUGUGAAUCUAAUUUCAUUGGUGAAGGAACUGCAGGAAAGGUAUACAAAGGCAUACUGUCAAAUAAUCAAGCUGUAGCAAUUAAACACAUCAUUAAUGAUGGAAAUGUGGAAACAUUUGUCAGAGAAGUUACAAGCUUAUCGCACAUCAGACAUCCAAACCUUGUUGCUCUUCUCGGCUGCUGUGUUAAGGACGACGAGUGUUUCCUUAUCUAUGAACUUUGUCCAUAUGGAAGCCUCUCUGAGUGGCUUUUUGGAAAAGACAAGGUCCUAUCCUGGACUAAAAGGCUUGAGAUCGCAAUUGAUAGUGCUCGAAGUCUAUGGUUCCUCCACACAUAUCCAGAAGGAUGCAUUGUCCACCGCGAUUUUAAGCCAACAAAUAUUCUCCUAGGUGAAAAUUUUGAAGCUAAACUAUCAGACUUCGGAUUGUCUAAGGUUAUUGAACAGGGUGAAACCUAUGUCAGUUCAGAAGUAAGAGGAACUUUUGGUUAUGUUGACCCUGACUACCAAAACAACAACCGUGUAAAAUCAUCAGGAGAUGUCUACAGCUUCGGCAUAGUACUUCUGCAAAUCAUCUCAGGGAAGAAGGUCAUCAAUCUGAGUCAGAAGAAACCCAUGCCACUAAGUAAAAUGGCAAAAGUUCUCAUCAAAGGUGGAAACAUUACUGAAUUUGCUGAUCCUAAGCUAGAAGGGAAGUAUUCAGUCGAAGCUUUCGGUCUCACCCUUCACCUGGCUCUGUCAUGCACAGCGCUUAACCAACAACGACCAUCUAUGGAGCAAAUUGUUGAAAAAUUAGAAGAGGCACUUCAAAUAUCAACGAGGACAAAGUCCUAUACUCCUGAAACUACACCAGAAUAGCCUUCUACUUCACAAAAACAGAAGAUUUUAAAUUAUUUUAUGAACGUACAAAGUAAUGUGUUUUCAUAGAUUGUUAAUGGGUUUUCUAAUGUAACCAUUACCAUUUCAAUUUGGUUUAACGAAAAAAAUAGACAAUAAAACAGCAUAGGAUGUGGAUGUAUAUGCAUCUAGAUACUUAACAAGAAUGUUAGACAUUGAAAAGUAAGUUUCAAAUUAUUGUCACAUAAACUAUUAUGCUAUACCGACAAGUGAAUAAGUUUGAUGCUACCGUAUUUAGGUCA